AUGGAGAGGCCAUCUUUUUUGGAUCAAGAACCACCUGCAGGUUACGUACCAGGUAUUGGUCGUGGAGCCACUGGAUUUUCAACAAAAGAAAAGCAAGUGGUUAGUAAUGAUGACAAAGGAAGAAGAAUACCGAAAAGGUACCGUGAAAAUUUGAACAACCAUCUUCAAAGCCAACCGAAAGAUGAUGAAGAUGAUGAAGCUGCAAAUGUAUUCAAAACGCUUGAAUUGAAAUUAGCACAAAAGAAAAAGAAAAGAGCUAAUGAAAAGGAUGAUGACAAUUCAGUUGAUUCUUCAAACGUGAAACGGCAAUUUGCCGAUUUGAAAGAAUCAUUAGCUGCUGUAACGGAGAGUGAGUGGAUGGAUAUUCCGGAUGCCACAGAUUUUACAAGAAGAAACAAGAGAAAUAGAAUUCAAGAGCAAUUAAACAGAAAAACUUAUGCUGCACCGGAUUCGCUAAUACCUGGGAAUGUUGAUUUAAAUAAAUUAACGGAAGAACGAGAAAAAUUAUUGCAAUCUCAAAUAGAUGAGAAUCUUGCACAAUUAACGAAGAAUGCAAGUAACCCUAUACAGGUUAAUAAACCGAACGCUGCUACCGAUGCCCUAAGUUACUUAAAGGACUUAGAAAACGAUAGAGUAAAUUCUCUCUCAGACGCAACGUUAGAAGAUUUACAGAAAAUGCGCACAAUUUUAAAGUCAUACAGAAAGGCCGAUCCAACAAAUCCACAGGGUUGGAUAGCUUCUGCCAGAUUAGAAGAAAAGGCAAGAAAAUUUUCAGUAGCAAAAAAAAUAAUAGAAAAUGGUUGCCAAGAGUGCCCUCGAAGCUCCGAUAUUUGGCUAGAAAACAUUAGACUACACGAAUCUGAUGUUCACUACUGUAAAACAUUAGUGGCAACGGCAAUAAAUUUUAAUCCAACGUCUCCGCUUCUUUGGUUCAAAGCUAUUGAUUUGGAAAGCACAACGGUUAACAAAUAUAGAGUAGUGAGAAAAGCACUGCAAGAGAUUCCUCGAGAUGAGGGCCUAUGGAAGCUAGCUGUCAGUUUUGAAGCUGACAAAGCGCAAGUUAUAAAAAUGUUAGAGAAAGCCACACAAUUUAUUCCACAAAGUAUGGAUCUCUUGACUGCAUAUACUAAUUUGCAAAGCUAUCAUAAUGCUAAAAUGACUUUGAAUUCCUUCAGAAAAAUCCUUCCGCAAGAACCGGAAAUUUGGAUUAUCUCUACACUCUUGGAAGAACGAAAUAACCCAGAUAUACCUGUAGAUAAACUAGUUAGUUUGCUCAAGGAGGGUUUAUUGGAACUCUCUAAAAAUGGGUACAAAGCGACCUUGUCAGCAUGGUUGAAACGUGCAGAGGCUCUAAAUGAUGCGCCCAAUUCAAAUUUAACCUGUCAAGCCAUCGUUUACGCUAUAUUAGAAUGGUUAAGAGAAAGUGGCGAGUAUGAGUCUGAGUUGAAUAAUGUUGAUCAGAUAUUAGAAAAAAUGCCACACUCAAAGGUACAAAUUGCUGUCUUAAAAAAGCUUAUUCAGUGGGAUCCUUGUGAUACAGUUCUUUGGUCUAGACUGAAAAUGGCCACUGAAAGCUACCAUAAAAUUGAAGAGUUAUUAGCAUUUUUCCAGGAGCUGCUAUUUCAGACCAAGAAUAGUGAUGAUAUACGAGCAAAUAUGAGGGAGAAAAGCCCUGGCUUGUUAAUGAUGUAUGUAAGCGAAUAUUGGAAGGCCCAAAAAGGGGAUACUAGGCAAACACUAGUUUUGAUUGACCAGAUUAUAGAUUUCGCCCCGCAUAAUUUGGAUUUACGCUUUUUCAAGAUAAAGUUAUUAGGUCGUUCACUACAACUUGAUGAAUUACGAGAUUUUUUUCAGCAAACUUUCUCCUCUUUAGAGGAUUUUAAGAUCAGUGGCACGGAAAGAUUAUAUUAUAAAUACGUAAACUUUCUGCGGUACCAAGAUCUGAAUGAAGAGGCUAUAAAAUUCUUGAAUGAGAGAUGUUUGAAAUCAUUUCCCAUCUGCCACAAAUUUUUUUUACAGCUGGGUCAAAUUUAUCAUUCCAUGGGCAAUAUUGAAAUGAGUAGAGAAACCUAUUUGUCUGGUACAAGGUUAGUGCCCAAUUGCCCUUUAUUAUGGGUUUCCCUAUCAAAGAUUGACGAGAUUGAUCUAAAAAAUCCAGUAAGGGCAAGAUCAAUUUUAGAUAGAGGAUUGUUAAAAAAUCCUGACGAUGUAUUAUUUUACAUUGCUAAAAUCCAAAUGGAAAUAAGACUUGGUAACUUAGAUCAGGCGGAGUUACUCGUCACACAGGCAUUGCAAAAGUUUCCAAGCAAUGCUUUACUUUGGGUGGAGCAAAUCAAGCUGUUUAAGCAUGGAAACAAAAGUUCGUUAAAAAAAACAAUUUUUCAAGAUGCUUUAAGAAGGACACAAAACGAUCAUCGCGUUCUUUUGGAGAUUGGAGUAUCCUUUUAUGCAGAAGCGCAAUAUGAAACAUCAUUAAAAUGGUUAGAAAGAGCUCUGAAAAAGUGCUCGCGUUACGGAGAUACAUGGGUUUGGCUAUUUAGGACAUAUGCAAGGUUAGGCAAGGAUACUGUUGAUCUCUACAAUAUGUUCGAUCAAUGUGAGCCUACUUACGGACCCGAAUGGAUAGCCGCCUCCAAGAACGUAAAAAUGCAAUACUGCACACCUAGAGAGAUUUUAUUGCGCUUGAUGAAUGACAAAUAA